UUUAUAAACAAGCCAAAAAAUAUGGGAAGAAUGUAUUCAAACGGAAAAGGUGUCUCCAGAAGAUGCCUUCCUUACAGAAGAACCCCUCCAAGCUGGUUGGAAGUAUCCGUUGAUGACCUGUGUGACCAGAUUGUAAGACUUGCCAAGAAGGGACUUCAUCCAUCCCAAAUCGGUGUGCUUCUCAGAGACCAACACGGUAUUCCACAGGUAAAGAGUGUCACUGGUUCUAAGGUCCUAAGAAUUUUGAAGAAUAACGGACUUGCUCCUGAAAUUCCAGAGGAUUUGUACCACUUGAUCAAGAAGGCUGUCUCUAUGAGGAAGCAUUUGGAAGGUAACAAUAAGGAUAUGAACUGCAAAUAUCAUUUGAUUCUUACCGAGUCCAAGAUUCACAGAUUAGCUAGGUACUACAGAAAGAUUCAGGCUUUGACACCAACCUGGAAAUAUGUUUCUUCCACUGCCAAGACUCUCGUCUCUUAAGCUGAUGAUAACACUGAUUCAAUCUGAUUUUUG